AUGGUCAAUCUUCGAAGUCAAGCCAAAAAGAAAGUAGCAGAAGCGAAUAAGGAGAAUGAAGAUGUUGUUGCCAAGAAAGCUAAGCUAGAGAAAUUCGUCUCCGAGAAGGUCAAAACCAAAGGUGAAUCGAAGAGUUUUCAGGUUUUUAUUCCAUUUUUAGUCCCUAAAGUUAUCAAACCCGAUCCAGAAUGCCCUGUCCUUGGAUUCAAAGUGUAUCAAAAGAAUGGCCGGAUCUACGAUGCCCUUCUGAAUCAGGUAAUUUAUAUUGUACUUAAGAGUUUCUUCUUUAGACGAACAUUUCGAUGAACAACAACAAGUUCUACUUGCUUCAAGUUUUGGAGAGUGAGAAGGGGCCAAAAACCUACAAGCUUUGGUACAGAUGGGGUAGAGUUGGGUACAAGGUCGGUCUUCAACUUGCUUAUGUUAUUUAGGUACCUACUCAAGAUAAUUCGAAUAUAUUCAGGGACAAACAAAUCUCCGUGAAAUGAGUUUGCAAGGGGCGAAGAAAGAGUUUGAAGAGAAGUUUCAUGCCAAAACCAACAAUGUUUUUGGCGAGAAAUUUCAAAAAUUUCAAGGGAAGUACGAUCUGAUCCCAGUAGAUUACUCUCGACAAGACGAGGAGGAGCGAAGAGAUGAUCUCGAGGACGAAAGCGUCCCUUGCACGUUGGAUCCAAGAGUGAAGAAUGUAAUUGAUCUGAUUUCGGAUCUAAAAGCAAUGGAGAAACAUCUGAAACGGCUUCAUUUUGAUACCAAUAGGACUCCUUUGGGUAGGUCAAUAUUUUUUAUUGUCUAAUCUUGGAUUUAGGUUGCAUUUUAAAGGAUCAAAUAAAAGUUGGAUACAAAAUCUUGAGUAAAAUCGAGAAACGGAUAAUAGGUAAAUCUUUUGGAGGAGAAUUCCACGCGUUGGUCAGCGAUUAUUACACUAAGAUUCCUCAUUACUUUGGGUAAGUGGCUUUUUUUAGUUUAUUGGUCUUUAGAAUGCGUCCGCCUUCAUCCUUGCAAUCACUUGAGGACAUUAAAGAUGAGUUAUCCCUUUUGGAGGCUUUGGUUCAAGCUGAAGCGAUUGUGGAUCAUACCAAGAAGGAGAUCAAAAAGAUCAAUCCAUCUGAUAGAAAUUAUCAGAGGUUGAACUGCAAACUGGAACCAAUUAGUAAUAAACACAAGACCUUCAAGAUGAUUGAGAAGUACCUGAAGAAUACUCAUGGCCCAACUCACAAAGAUUACAAAAUGAAGGUAAAAAAUGUAUUUGAGUUGGAGAAGGAAGGCACAUUCAAUACAGGGAUUGAUAAUCAGUAAGUCUUAGUCACCUUGAUUUGAUUUUAGGUUAUCUUACUCAUUUGAUUAAAAUUUUAGCCAACUUUUAUGGCAUGGGUCCCGAUUGCUGAAUUGGUUUGGAAUAUUGCUAAAGGGCUUGCAGAUUGCCCCUCCGGAAGCUCCCAUUGUAAGAUUUUCAUCAUUUUUUGUGAUUUAACGUAGUUGUCGUCAAUAUGAUAAUUUGAAGAAUUUUUGUCAUUGCUGUGCAUGUUUCUUUCAGACGGGCCAUAUGUUUGGAAAAGGAAUCUACUUUGCGGAUUGUGCCUCUAAAUCCGCCAAUUACUGCGAUGCCAAACAUGGAGAUAUUGGUUUCCUUUUGUUAUCUCAAGUUGCACUGGGAGCUCCUCAAGAAUUGACCAAGGCCAAAUACGAAGCCUCGAACUUGCCUGAGGGAGUCCAUAGCACAAAAGGAAUUGGACAGAUGGAACCGGAUCAGAAGAAGAGCGAGUAUAUUACACUUGAUGGGACCAAGGUGAAAAUUCCUCUUGGAAAGAUUGUCGAAAAGGAAAAAACCGAUGAGUUUGAACUUCUUUACAACGAAUAUGUGGUAUACUCGAGAGAGCAGGUCAAAUUAAGGUAUCUUGUGGAGAUUGAAUUCGAAGUUAAUCAGUAA